CUUCAGGGUUUGGCCUGGUGACGCCAAACACCAAACUAGACUGUGCGCGACGGGUCGCGGUUUCGAUCCCCGCGUAGGAAAAGCGUUUGUGUGACCGGGAUUGAGCUGAAAAUUCCUGCGAAGAUUAUAUGCAUACUUCAAAGAUACGUUAAAAAACUUUUAAAGUCUGGGACGUUUACAGCGCAGUCAAAAUUGCGGGGCAUAACUAGUGUAUAUUAUAAUCAACGCCGAUAAAUGUUAUCUACUCAUUAUUUAGCUAAUUAGUACUAUGUAUUACAUAUAUAUAAGCCUGAUUUUCCUUUAGCCCUAUGAGUUUAGCGGUUUGCCCAGCAACAAUGACUUUAAUUUGGUUAUUGUUCGGGUUCGCGGUGGUCCAGGCCUUCAGUGUGGAGUCGGGUUUACAAGCUAAGAAGCUAGAAUGGGCCGAUCAAUUUAGAUUAAAGGCGAAGCGAAUGUCGCUCACCUCCAACCUUGUAGAAGAUUACGCCAUCUGGAAAACUAAAAGAGAGUCAAGAAUUGACUACAACCACGGCUAUGUGAAGUCAUUCGUGAAAUUGAACAGGGCCCAUCGUUUCGGCGUUAAGUACGAGAUUCACCCCGAAGCGACACUAGACCAGGACGUAUAUACAGUAUGUAAUGCGAUGGAGGGAGACAAAUAUGAUCGUUAUAAUGCUGAGACUAUUUUACCCGAAGUUGACGGUUUUGAGGCUGUUGGCAAAGAAAUCGUGAAUGACAAAAAAUGUACAAAAUUCGUUUAUGUAAAAAAAGACGAGAAAUCUGAUUCAAAGAGUACUGUAUGGGCAGUUUACGUUAAAAAGACUAAGACAUGGGUACCAGUCAGAUACGAGGUUUUAGAAUUCAACUCUUGGUUGGGUUCCAAAGAAAAACAUGAAGUUUGGGACUUCUACGAUUACCACACCGAUUUCCCAAAAGAAAACGUCUUCAGUCUUGAUAAAUUUGAGUGUAACAAUGCGACUUCUCAUUCACGUGAAAGCGAAACUGUGACUAAACAUUUGGCGUUCAUUGAUCCCGAAAAUGAUGCACAUGUUGACCAUGUUUUUAAAACAUUCAAAAAUACCCACGGCAGAAAAUACGAUGAUGCUGAUGAGCACGCUUUCAGAAGGAGCAUAUUUAAGAACAAUAUGAGACUCAUAGUUGAGACCAACCGUCAAAAUUUGGGCUACAAACUUACCAUCAACAAUUUUUCGGACAAGACUUCUGAUGAAAUGACCAAGUACAUGGGUUUAAUGAGACGACCAGAGGGAGCAGUUGGGACUGUACCAUUCCCAUACACUGAGAAAGACGUCGAAGACAUUGUAAAGGAUUUACCAAAAGAUUAUGAUACUAGGCUUCUGGGAUAUGUUACUUAUGUUAAAAAUCAAGAAGAUUGCGGCUCUUGCUGGACUUUCGGUACGACCGCAGCUGUCGAAGGAGCAUUGGCAAGGAUCAACGGUGGUAGGCUCAUGAGCCUUAGUAACCAAGCUCUCGUUGACUGCACUUGGGCAUUUGGUGCUGGUGGUUGCAAUGGUGGUACUGACAUUGCUGCCUACGAUUGGAUGAUGGAAUAUGGCCUCCCAACUGAAGCAGAGUAUGGACCUUACACAAACAAGGAUGGCAUAUGCAAUAUUAAAAACAUGACACAGACAUUCCCGAUUCGUGGAUACACAAACGUUAGUCCAUUGAGCAUCGGGGCAUUGAAGGUUGCACUAGUCAACCAUGGACCUCUCUCCGUAUCAGUUCACGUGACUCGUGCUUUCGGCCAGUAUUCCUCUGGUAUCUUCUAUGACACCACUUGCGAUGAAACGCUUCUGAACCAUGAAGUGACUUUGGUUGGGUAUGGCGAGCGUGAUGGCGAUACCUUCUGGAUCUUGAAGAACUCGUGGGGUCCAAGCUGGGGCCUUAGUGGCUACAUGCACAUCUCAGCCAGGGACAACGUUUGUGGUGUUGCCACCGAACCUACUUACGUUGUGUUUUAAAACGUUGACUCUAAGACUUGACUUGACACUAUUGAUUUUUUCGACAACUGGUUUGGAUUAUUGGCUUUAUGAUUCAUGUAUAUUCAACUAGCAAUUUAUUUUCCAAUAAGCACGUGGGAAAUUAAAUAAAACGUUUUAAGUAACGA